UACAGUAUUUUUGGAGAAGUUGGUAAAACUGAAUCUGACAUCAUCACCUCAUACAUGUAGCCAGCGAGUGGUUUGCUCUUAGGCUGACAGAGGAGGAAAUUGCUCCCCGUCUGAUAAGACAACAGUCAAGAAAGGACGCAUGCUGGUUCAUAAGGGUACGGCUGAUUUCCAGAUAUGACCAUGUAUUUGUGGCUUAAACUUUUGGCAUUUGGUUUUGCCUUUCUGGACAUGGGAGUGCUUGUGACAGGGCAGACUUCCAUUGCUGCUCCCACUAAUAUAACAGGACCGACCGUAACAGACAAACCCAGUGCUCUGUCUCCAAGUGACCCCUUACCUGCUGGCACCACUGCAUUCUCACCCACAAGCAUCUCUGAACGAGAACAUGACUCCUCAGAGACCACGCCUUCUCUGAUUCCAGGGAAUACUUCAACCCAAGUAUUCCUGGGUACUUUCAAUAAUACUAGUGUUCCUGACACGACAGGUGUUACCUCAACACCGAUGACUUACUUUCCCACGCACGCAAACUCGCAGGCGCCCUCUGCCGGAUCUGACAAUCACACACUCAGCAGCGAGGCUGCCCUUACUGCACUCACCCCUGCUCCUGGCACGAAUGAUACAGCAGGUGUCCCAGAAGACAGCAGCACAUUCACCACCUCUCCCGCAGACACAGCCUCCACGUCCGUAGCCCCCCUCAGCCCUGCACACAGCAGCCCCACGGCUGCUUUACCUUCACGCACCUCCAACACCACCACCGGCCAUAACUCCUCAGAUCCCCAACCGAGCACUGCACCAUCCACUUUGAACACUUCUGCAACCACUGACCUUCCAACCACUUCCACAACAAUAGCUGCUGCUCCAUCUCAGCCAACAUGUGAUGAAAAGUAUGCUGCAAUCUCUGUGAAUUACUCAUAUAAUAGCAUAACCAACUUAUAUACUGCAGAGCUAAAUACUACAGACAAAGUGAAGUGUAACCCUCCAUGUGCAAACCUAUCUGAAUGUAACUCUAUCUCUGUUAAUAUAUCCGAUGAUUCAUGUGUUCCUCCUUUUAAGGUUUUAGAAUUACAUGUACCACCAGAUCGUAGGAAUUUUCAGCUACAUGAUUGUACAAAGCCUGAAAAAGCAAAUACUUCUAUUUGCUUAGAAUGGAAAAAAACCUCUGACUUUUCCUGUGUAGAAAACAAUAUUACCUACAAAUUUCAAUGUGGUAAUACUUCAUCUAAUGAGAGCCAGAUUACAUCGGAAAAUCUUGUACCCAGAAAAACUUACUAUUGUGUUUCAGAAGUAUUUUAUAACGAACAUAAAUUUAUCAGUGAAGGAAAAUUUAUCAAAACAGAUUUUGGGACUCCAGGAAAGCCUACAAAUCUUUCUUGUUCAAAGGAAGCAAACAUAACUCAAGAAGAAAUUUCCUGGGAACCCCCACAAAGUGUUGUUCAUAAUUUUCUUUUUUGUUAUUGGAACGAUUCAGAAAAUGCGUGCACGAUUCUGGAACCAAAUCGAACCAAAUAUACUUUGAAAAAUUUGAAAGCUUAUAGCAACUAUUCUGUAUCAGUACUUGCCUACACCUUUGGAAAAGUGCAACGCAAUGGAACUGCCAGUCCAUGUACACUUCAAACAGAAAUAAUAAAGCCAGGUAAGGUGAAGGGCCUGACUGUUAGCCUGAAAUCAGAUAACAGUAUGAUGGUGAGUUGUGAGGAGCCGGAUGACCCUAAUGGCCCCAAGAAACGUUACAAUUUGACAAGAAAAGGUGGAGAUAAAGUAUUUACAGAUCAACGUGAUGACUGCUCAUUCUUCAUGGAUAAUCUCCAAUAUUCAACAGAAUAUGUGUUUGAGGUCAGUUUUUACAAUGGGAAAUUUUAUGGACUCGCAGAUAGUAGGACUAAAUCAACAUCUUAUAAUUCUAAAGCUCUGAUUAUAUUUCUGGUAUUCCUGAUUAUUGUGACAUCAAUAGCCCUGCUAUUUGUUCUCUACAAAAUCUAUGACCUGCAUAAGAAAAGAUCCAGCAAUUUGGAUGAACAACAGGAACUUGUUGAAAGGGACGAUGAAAGACAACUGAUGAACGUGGAGCCGAUCCAUGCAGAUACUCUGUUGGAAACUUACAAGAGAAAGAUUGCUGAUGAAGGAAGACUCUUUCUGGCUGAAUUUCAGAGCAUACCACGGGUGUUCAGCAAAUUUUCUAUCAAGGACGCUCGAAAGUCCUUUAACCAGAACAAAAACCGCUAUGUCGACAUUCUUCCUUAUGAUUAUAACCGUGUUGAACUCUCUGAGAUAAAUGGAGACGUCGGGUCAAACUAUAUAAAUGCCAGCUACAUUGAUGGUUUCAAAGAACCCAGAAAAUACAUUGCUGCACAAGGACCCAGGGAUGAAACUGUUGAUGAUUUCUGGAGGAUGAUCUGGGAACAGAAAGCCACGGUUAUUGUGAUGGUCACUCGAUGUGAAGAAGGAAACAGGAACAAGUGUGCAGAAUACUGGCCAUCAACGGAACAAGGUACCAAGACUUAUGGAGAUGUGGUUGUGAAGAUCAACGAACACAAAAGAUGCCCAGAUUACAUCAUUCAGAAAUUGAGCAUUACAAAUAAAAAAGAAAAAGCCACUGGCAGAGAGGUGACCCACAUUCAGUUCAUCAGCUGGCCCGACCAUGGGGUUCCUGAAGAUCCUCACCUGCUCCUCAAGCUGCGACGGAGAGUGAACGCUUUCAGCAACUUCUUCAGUGGCCCCAUCGUGGUGCACUGCAGUGCUGGUGUCGGACGCACAGGCACCUACAUCGGAAUUGACGCCAUGCUAGAGGGCCUGGAAGCGGAGAACAAAGUGGAUAUUUAUGGUUAUGUAGUUAAGCUCCGGCGACAGAGAUGCCUGAUGGUUCAAGUGGAGGCACAGUACAUCUUGAUCCAUCAGGCCUUGGUGGAAUACAAUCAGUUUGGGGAGACGGAAGUGAGCUUGUCUGAAUUACAUCCAUAUCUACAUAACCUGAAGAAAAGAGAUCCCCCCAGUGAGCCGUCUCCACUAGAGGCUGAAUUCCAGAGGCUUCCUUCAUAUAGGAGCUGGAGAACACAGCACACUGGAAAUCAUGCAGAAAAUAAAAGCAAAAACAGGAAUUCUAAUGUCAUUCCAUAUGACUUUAACAGAGUGCCACUUAAACACGAUCUGGAAAUGAGCAAAGAGAGUGAACAUGAUUCAGAUGACUCAUCUGAUGAUGACAGUGACUCAGAGGAAACCAGCAAAUACAUUAAUGCAUCUUUUAUAAUGAGUUACUGGAAACCUGAAGUGAUGAUUGCUGCUCAGGGACCACUGAAAGAGACCAUUGUUGACUUCUGGCAGAUGAUAUUCCAAAGAAAAGUCAAAGUUAUUGUUAUGCUGACAGAGCUGAAGAAUGGAGACCAGGAAACCUGUGCUCAGUACUGGGGAGAAGGAAAGCAAACGCAUGGAGAUACAGAAAUUGAGAUGAAAGACACAAACACAUCUUCAGCUUAUACCCUCCGUGAAUUUGAACUGAGACAUGGCAAGCGGAAAGAUACCAGAACCGUGUAUCAGUAUCAGUAUCAUAACUGGAAAGCAGAACUUCCUGCAGAACCCAAAGAAUUAAUCUCUAUGAUUCAGAGCCUCAAACAAAAACUUCCCAAGAGGAAAUCCACUGAAGGGAAUAAGAAUCACAGGAAUGUGCCUCUCCUCAUUCACUGCAGGGAUGGAUCUCAGCAAACAGGAGUAUUUUGUGCCUUAUUAAAUCUCUUGGAAAGUGCAGAAACAGAAGAGGUGAUAGAUGUUUUUCAAGUAGUAAAAUCUCUGCGUAAAGCCAGACCAGGAAUGGUCUCCUCCUUUGAGCAAUACCAAUUCCUGUAUGAUAUCAUUGCCAGCACUUACCCUGCCCAGAAUGGACAAAUAAAGAAAGGCAACAAACAAGAAGAUAAAGUUGAAUUUGAUAAUGAAGUGGACAAACCAAAGCAGGAUGUGAAUUCUAUUAGUCCCCUUGGUGCCGCGGAUAAGACCCAGGAAGGAAACAAAGAGGCUGAAGGUCCUGAACCCACGAGUGGCACCGAGGAACCAGAAAAUUCUGCCAAUGGCCCUACGAAUUCAGCUUUAACCCAAAGUGCAUAGGAAAAGACGCAAAUGAGGCAACUGAAAGCCUCCCUCCCUCUUAGCUGUUAUUUCUAUUUUUCUAGAAGUAGGGAGAGGAAACUAGGUAUAUGGUGGAGUAACAUAGUGUGUUGGACCAGUGUUUGUGGGGAACUUCUAUUUUUAAUACUGUGGAAAAAUAUUUAAGGUGGUUUUCUGAAAUGUUUUGUACAGUCUUUUUCUUAUUUUAAUUUUUUUUCUAUCCAGCAAAAACAGCUUUGCAGUCUUUGCAUGUAUGUAUGAGUGUGAGACAGAGAAAAA